AUGGGUCAACACAUCGGAGACCGCUUACAGAUACCGUUCAAGGAAAAUCAGAAUGGGUAUUCAAAACCGACAACGCUGGUAGCUAUCACAGCAAAAAUGUAAGAAAAGUUUUUGCAGCCUCAAAAUAUAGAUUUUUCCAGAUUGUCAACAAAUCACUUACUGUAUCUACACUACAGUCCUCGAUCUAUAAAAUUCUAAAAUUAAAUGGAUUAAAGUGUGUCGGAGAUUUUCUGCAGAUUCCGAUCAAAAAAGGUUGAUAAAAAUUCGAAUAUUCAAAACCGACAACGCAGCAAACUAUCAUUGCAAAAAAUGUAAGAACCUUUUUCUCAAAAAUUGUUGCAACUUGAAAAUAUCGUUUUUUUCCAGAAUUUCAAUCAUCACUGUAUCUACACUACAGUACUCGUUCUCCUCCAUUCGAUUUUCAUAUUUGAUGGCUCCAAAUUCGGAGACCUAAUGCAGCUUGGUCCCAAAGUUAGAUGUAAGAUUUUCUUUUCGACUUCCCUUACCAAUUUCAGUAUUUUCAGACCUCAAUUUCUCCACAAAACACUGGGAAAUGUUCUACAUUAUUAACAUCCGAAAGUGAAACAAAUCUUAAUUUUCACAAUUAUUGUCUCAAUAAAAAUUUAAGAAAUUGCCAAAACUCAUUGUCAUUCAAAAUCAGCCCCUGCUCCAAUUUCCCAACAAAAAAAAACACUCUACACAAAAAAUGCGCCAGCUGGCCGGAAACUGGCGCAUUUUUUCUUUGUGUCAUAAACAAGCGUCCUGCUUUUAUUAUUUAGUCUAACUUCUCUUCUUUCUCACAAUUCUAGUGACAAUUAUUACUGUAUCUAAAUUACAGUACUAUAUAUUUUUCAAACGAGGGUUUUUGAAAUCGAAACUCAAUUAUUGAAUGGGUGCAAAUUUUGGGAAAUUUUUUUUUAAAGUGUGUUUUUUUUUAAAUUAUUUUUUAAAUAAUUUCUUUUUAUUUUUCAGGAGCACCCUAUGAGCUAAGUUUCCGCACAAAAAUUAAAAAAAUUGGAAAUGAAGUAAGGAUUUUUUUUGAACUCGAAAAAAACACCCAAUGUUUCGCAUACCUUGACGACAUUUUAAGAUUUAGAACAUCGAAGCAUCGCAUAACAAAAAAAUGUAAGAACAAUUCACUGAAAAGUUUUUGCAUUCUGAAAAUAUUGAUUUUUUUUCCAGAAUUCCAUUAAACUUACUGUAUCUACACUACAGUACUUUUUCUACCAAAUUUUGCAAAGUAAAUGGAUCGAAACCACAAAGAAGUAAGAUUUUCUAAUCAAAAAAACUUUUUUUCAUUUCAAUUUUUCAGGUAAGUUAUAUACCGGAAAAGAAACCCACAAGAUCCCAUUCAUAUCAAAUUACACAAUCCAAAAGCCGAGAAAUUCAAGGAUUCCAUUGGCAAGCCGAGAAGAAGUAAGGAACCAAAUCGACAUAAUGAUAAAACAAGGAAUCUGUGAAAACUUGAAAACAGAAAAAUGUAAAAUAUUUCGACCCAGGUUGCGGUAAAACAUUUGACAAAUUAAAAAAAGUAAGUUUUUGGAAAAACCUUGUUCUGAAGAUAUUUUAAUCUUUAAAAAGAGUAUAUAUUUUCAGGUUCAUUCGGAUUACUGUAUCUAA